GGCGGGCAAAGAUGGCGGCGGCGGGCGCAGCGGACGCCCAGGCGCGCUUCGGGCACUCGGUGAAGGGGCUGCUGACCGAGAAGGUGACGAGCUGCGGCACCGACGUGAUCGCCCUCACCAAGCAGGUGCUGAAGGGCUCCCGCAGCGCCGAGCUCCUGGGUCAAGCCGCUCGAAACAUGGUGAUGCAAGAAGAUGCCAUCCUUCACUCGGAAGAUAGUUUAAGGAAAAUGGCCAUAAUAACCACUCAUCUACAGUACCAGCAAGAAGCAAUUCAAAAGAACGUUGAGCAGUCAUCAAACCUACAGGACCAGCUGAGCCACUUGCUGAAAUGAAGCACAGCCCGAGGCACGAGGACGCCUAGACCAGCACUGAGGGCAGCCAAGUGUCCUUUCCCUGCAACCUCCGGGGAUCAGGCCUGCGUCUGGACAGUGCUGGGUGGCAGCUGGGCUAUGUGCAGAGCCCGUGUUUCUGGGCCUUCCAUGCUUCCAUCCACCUCUGUGCUCCAGAAUACUCUCCUGCUCGCCAGCACCUGAAACAAACCUACCCAAAACUUCACUCCCCCGCAACAAUUCCUCCUUCUGCUUCCUUCCUGUGCAGCGUGAGGUGCUCAGCCCACACGAACACCGUGGGAAGGAAACGCCUACAUCCGAGCCUUGGGGUGUAAAUGUACCUGCCUGCAGUGUGGCCUUGCUCUGUGUUUACACACAGAGAUGACACAGAGGGCGGUUUAAUUGGGGCAUGGUAAUCAAUGGGAGCUGUAGGUGCCUGUGUGGGUGAGAGAGGUGCUUCGGAGUGGACUGAGGUGCUAAUCCCAGGCCAGAAGUUCUGAAAGUGGGAAUGUGAGCAGCCAGCUCUGUUGCUGCUCCAGCUGGACAUGCUUUGGCCAGUGUCCUGCACAGAGGUUAUCUUAUUUUCCACUCUGCCAGGGUUUGGAAUGUCAUCCCCUUGCCAACUCAUCUGCAUUGCUUCUGGCCUUCAACUGCAUUCCUCUUCCUGGGCUGCUGCCCCAGCUCCUGCUGAAACAGCCUUGGCUGUGGUGUAUGUUCCUAUCUGGUCAGGAGGGUAUCCAGAGGCCCAUGCGGGUGGGAGGACGUCGCAGGCUAGUGUGCUCUGUUCCAUACUGCUCUGUGUUGGAUACUGAGCAGCCAGGGCUCACAUCCCAGGGAGCCAAAUUAGGCCUGAGCUAUAAAUACUGUGUCUUGGUUUUGGUAAAUCACUUAUCUGCAGCACUUUGAGCGCACGGGAAGCACUUGUUCGCCUGAGUGUGCUUUUCAUCGGCUGAUAGGAGGAGGCAGCUGAGAGCAGGCAGUGACCUGCUGCAUUUCCACGGGAGCACUGCUGGGGUUUGGCUCCUGGGCUGCAGAGCCUUCUGCUGGAUUGGAUGUCACCAUCCUCUCUGGUGCCGCUGCCCAUUUGGAUGGCACCACAGGUCGUGCAUCCCCAUGAAGGUGCCACUGUUAGCCCAGGGGCUGUGGCAGGUAUUUCUGCCUUGGGAGACAUCCUGACCCCCAGCUUUGCAGGUGCACUUUGGGAAUAAGGGUUUUUCCCUGAGCUGCUGGGGAAACUGCCACUUGCUGGGAAUAAAAGCUGUCCUGAAUGCUACCGAA